UUAAAAUACCACCUCACAUCUCUUCGCUUCGUAGAUCUACUAUUGUAGCAGUAUUUUUUCUUAGGGAAACGAAAUUUUCAUUUAAUCGAAGUUUCAUCGCACAGUCUUUCUGCAGCAUUAAAGAAAGGCAAACGUUGCAGAAAAAAAAGUCAUCCAAAAUGGAAGAAGAACCUCUGUUAAUUAAUAAAACUAUAAAAAAGAUUGAAAUAUGGUUGCGAACCACAGGAACAAAUGUAAAAUCUACUCCGAAAACGCGGAUGGAUACUAUAAAAAGCCGUGCAAUUUACAUUAUAAACUUUUUCUGGUUGAACAUGGACCUGGGUGGGGCAGUGGUCUGGUUCAUUUCUGGGAUCGCCAACAAAAAGAGCUUCACUGAACUGACAUACGUAUCACCCUGCAUCACACUGAGUUUCCUUGCGAACUUCAAAUGUUUCUUCCUAUUUCUUAACGAAGAUACUGUCGACAAACUCCUUGAAACGUUGAGAGAAUUAGAGAUGAAUGAAAGGUCUCGUCCUAGGCAUAAGGAUAAGGAUGCCAUUAUGGUGCAUGAGCACAAAUUUCUCACAAACCUCAUCUCUUUUCUGAAUGUUUUCUUCUGCGGGUUGAUCGUGGCUUUUGCUAUAGGUCCUGUGACAUUAACGAUCUUCAUAUAUGUGACUACUAAUGAGGUUGAUCUGCAAUUACCGUUUCUGAUCAUUUAUCCUUUCGACGCUUUUCAACUAAAAUUUGGCCUUGGGUGUAUCUUCACCAAAUUUGGUCCGCAGACUAUCUCUUCUACAUAUUCUGUCAAACAUAAGCGUGCAGUUCCAACUUUGAAAUAUAAUAUCGAAAAUUUAAUUCCUGAUGAUGAGACUUGUGGCCGUUUAGUCAACGUUGAAGAAGUUAGAGCUGAAUUUGUUGAUUUGAUCAAAUGGCAUCAGGACUUAAUAAGCUCAGUGAAGCUUCUGGAGAUGAUAUACACGAGAUCGACACUGUUGAACUUUGUUUCCAGCUCCGCACUCAUCUGUUUGACAGGAUUCAAUGUUUUGGCAGGCAGUGACUUUGUGUAUGUGAUGACAUUUAGCGUGAAAGUAAGUGACGCUGUUUACAAUUGUCGUUGGUACUUAGCCGGCACAUCUCUUGGAAAGGACUUACUUUUGGUGCAAACAAGAUCACAAACUCCUUGCAAACUGACAGCUUGGGAUUUUUCUGAAGUUAAUCUUAAGUCUUUUAUGACGAUCCUGAGCACUGCCUGGUCUUACUUCGCUUUGUUGCAAACUUUGUAUGGUUCGCCUCCAUAAGUCAGAAUGAGUAAUAUUAAAGGUCCCAGAGCAAAGAAUUGUUCUGAACAAUGUAAUAC